GCUGGUGAAAUUGUCCGAUCGGGCUUAAAAGCUCGAUGGAGCUAUUAUUGCCCAAAUCGAGCUUUUUUUAAACAAUAGAAGUAACAAAAAUUGAGGGUAACCACUACUUCCGCUUUACUGCGAACACCCAAAGUCCUAAGGUUUAUUCAUUAUACUUAUCUAUUAUCAACCAAGCAAUAAAUAUUAUCCAACAAUAACUUAAACAAUGCGCCGACUUCAAAGAAAAUACCAUUAAAUCACAUAGAGUCUAUAAAAUAACACUUAAAUAUCUAAUUUUUCAUAGAAAUACUCAUUUGUUCUUCUCCAAACUUGGCACAGCUUCGCUUCCGGUAUAUUGGAGUCAAAUAAAAAAUGGCGAAUAACAGAAUUGCUUAUAUCGUCAGCAUCCACCCGCUGCAACAUUUUUACUACAGCUAGUGCUCAAAAAUAUUUUAUACCCAUAUUUUGAUAGUCUUAAAAUAUAUAUCGUCAUUCGGUUUAAAAUUAAACCAAAAAAUAUAUAUACAUGUAAAGUUCUAUACGGUUAGGUUUAGGUGUUACGUAACAGAGAAUGUGUAUAACAAUGUCACAUUUAUACAAAAUACACACACUACUAUCAGAGGGGUGCUGUCAUAGUAUGUAUUGUCACCGCUUUGUAAUGAAUAUAUUAAAUAAUCAAAACAUGAAAUUCACGAUUUUCUCUAUCUUCACUCGUUUCUUCCUUCUUGCAUUUCUUUCAUUUAUACAGUUACUGUAAAUGUGUGCCUGUGAACUGAUCGUUUUUUUUAUACAUACAUACAUACCGUCAUCAAAUUGUAACCUGGAUAGCGAAACACUAGCUAUGCCGAAAAAAAAUCCUGGAAAGAAUAUUAAAGGACAGAAGUGCAGGGCUAAGAAGCACCACAGUGGUCCGGUUUCAGACACCUUUGUGUCUGACACUAAAGCAAGACGGGAAACAAAAUGUAAGAGAUUGAAAAGUUUAAAGAAAAAUAUUCAAAUGUUAAGCAAAAGAACGGGGGUUGAAUUGCUGCUUCAAUGGAGGGACGGCGCAGAUAAUCCUGUUGAAACUUUUCUAUCAGAAGGAUGUAAAAUUUCCCAAAAUGUAACUGAUGGAAUCAAUGAGAGCGUGCAACAAAUUUCAACAAAUGCAAGUGCUCAAUAUCCCGAUCAUCCGCACCAAGUAGAACAUGAAAAUAGUGACCAAUGUAACAUAUGCUUUGAAGCACAUGUUGGGAGGAAGAAAAAAUGUUUAUGGAUUAAUUGCUCAGAAAAUAAGUGUGAAUUUUGGGUUCACGCUUUAUGUGUUGGAAUUGUUGGCAAAAAGGAGGAUAUUGAACAUAUAAAUUAUUAUUGCCCAGAGCACAUAAAAAAGUUUAAAUAA